AUGACGAUUGAAAGGGAAAUCAAAACACUCAAGACGAAAAGGGCGGUUGUCAAACGCAGGUUUACUCAAUUUGCACAUUUUUUUAACGAUCCGAUUAAUAAAGGUAAAAUCGCGGAAAUUGAAAAAAGAUUAGAAGGUGUACAGUCAUGUAUGCAAGAAUUCGAAAAUUGUUAUAUGCAGCUUCACGACUUGGACGAAUCUCAGGUGAAUAUUGACGAUUUAAAUGAAUUUGAGAACGAAUUUUACAGGGUAGUCACGGAAGCUGAAACUUUUGUUAGCAGUAAAGGUAGUACAGAGAUACCGUCAGACAAUAUUAAAUGUAUACCUAACAACGUAAAAUUGCCAGAUAUCCAAUUGCCCACAUUUACAGGCAUAUUUACAGAAUGGAUUAGCUUUCGUGAUACGUAUUUAGCGCUUAUUCAUAAUAGUACGUUAACUCCAAUCCAAAAAUUUCAUUACCUGAAAGGUGCCUUAAAAGGGGAUGCAAAGCAAACCAUUGAGCACUUAACACCCACAGCAGAAAAUUAUGAAUCGGCGUGGUCCCUGCUCGAGGCGCGCUAUGAAAAUAAUCGCUUAAUCGCACAGCAUCAUGUGCGCGCGCUUUUCGCUUUAUCCGCCAUAAGCAACAAAGAUUCGAAAUCACUUAGAUCACUUAUACAAGCUUUGAAUUCAAACCUUAAGGCCUUAGAGAACCUUGGUCGUCCAACAAGUCAAUGGGACGAUUUACUCAUUUACAUAAUUACUUCCAAAUUUGAUCAUAAUACUAUAAUUGCGUGGGAGACAACGCUUUCAAAUAUAAUCCCUUCGAUGCAAGACAUGAGCGAUUUUUUAAACCAACGCUGUCAGAUGUGGGAAUCACUGGAGGUUAACGCAACCAGUAGGUCUAAUUCUAAUUUUCAUAAUAAGAUUACCAAAAAUCCAUACAUCAAUAAUCGGGUGAUCUCCCACGUGGCGAACACAUCUGCUCCCUUUGGUAAGUGCCUUUAUUGCAAAGAAAUGCACAAUAUCUAUAAUUGUCCUAAUUUUUUGAAUUUAUCUAUCGAACAAAGAAUCAAUGAGAUCAAAAAACGAAAAUUAUGUCUUAACUGCCUGAAAGGUGGACACAAAUUGAUGUCAUGCAAUUCCAGUAACUGUAAAAAAUGCAACAAACGCCACAAUUCCUUGCUACACAUAAAUGAACGCGAAACAAGUACAUCUCCCGAACCAUCAACUUCUUCUUUAAACAGUGUCAGUAGUCAUUGUGCACAGAUCUUGAAUAAAAAUAUUACAUUAUCCACUGCCAUGAUCAACGUGUCUGAUGAACAUGGUAAAUUAAUCCAGUUUCGUAUACUCUUAGAUAAUGGUUCCGUUUCCAACUUCAUAACUGAAAGAGCUGUAAAACAAUUAGGUCUAAAAAACGUACAAACGAUAAACUUGUCAGUUAUAGGAAUAGGAUGCAGCUCUUCAGUAAUCAAUAAGACAGUUAGCGCUCGAAUUUCUUCAAUUAUCAAUAAUUUUAAUGCAAAACUCGAAUUUUUAAUAGUCUCAGAAAUAAUGGGCAACAUACCAUCCACCUCAUUUUCGCCCAUAAACGAUAUUCCAAUAAAUAUUAAACUUGCCGAUCCUUUGUACAAUGAAUCUAAACCAGUAGAUAUUUUAAUUGGAAACGAAAUUUUUUGGGACCUAAUGUGUGUCGGUCAAAUUAGGUUGAGUAAACAGGGUCCGGUAUUACAGAAAACCCAGCUUGGUUGGAUUAUCGGGGGCGUAGUAGGAUGUUUUAAUAAUCAAAAAACUUCGUCAUGUCAUGUUACGAAUCAUUCAUUAGAACAGGAGGUAAAACGGUUUUGGGAAAUUGAGCAGUACCCGGAGGACCAACCUCCUGAAAUUAAUAACAUCUGCGAAAAAUAUUUCUUAGAAGGUUCUAGGAGAUUAGAGAAUGGCCGGUUUUCGGUAAAAUUACCAUUUGUAACGAAUCCACCGGAUAUCGGUGAGUCUAGGAACAAAGCAUUAAGGCUGUUUUAUAAUCUCGAGAAACGCCUUCACAAGGACCCUCACUUAUUCAAGCAAUACUCAGAAUUUAUCCUAGGACACAUGACGGAGGUUGCUAAUCCUAACAAUUCUGGUUAUUUCUUGAGUCACCACCCAGUUAUUAACGAAUCCUCAAUAACGACCAAAUUAUGCGUUGUAUUCAAUGCCUCAAUGCAAACCACUAACAAUAAAUCCAUUAACGACAGCCUCCUAGUAGGGCCCAAUUUGCAGCAAGAUCUGUUCGGCAUUUUAAUUCGGUUUAGAUUUUAUAAAAUAGUGAUAACCGGCGAUAUUCAAAAAAUGUACAGACAAAUACUCUUGCAUGAAGAUCAUAGAAAAUAUCAACAAAUAUUCUGGCGCGAUAACAUAAAUGAGCCGGUGAAGGUAUUUCAGUUAAACACCAUAACUUACGGUUUUGCUAGUUCAUCUUAUUUAGCUACCAGGUGUUUAUUAGAACUCGCCAGGUACGCAGAGCUCGAAUUCCCUGACGCGGCCAGGGCAAUUUCUACAAGUUUCUAUGUCGAUGACCUUAUUUGCGGUGGAGACACACCGGAACAAGCGGCGCAAUUAUUGCAAGAAAUAAAGCGCAUUUUAAAAGGGGGAGGGUUUGAGCUGCAUAAGCUUAAUAGCAAUUACCCUCAAGUAAUUUAUGGCAAUGAACAGGUAGGCGAAACUUAUACAGUAUCCUUGGAUAAGCAGGGUCCGACAAAGACUUUAGGGGUACUUUGGGAUAACAAUGCGGAUGCUAUUAGAUUUUCAACUUGGGAAAAACCUGCAUCGAAGGUAAAGGUAACAAAGAGAAUCAUCUUAAGUACAGUCGCAAAGAUAUUUGACCCACUUGGACUUGUUGCAACCGUCACGGUUACGGCAAAAAUAAUUCUGCAAAAAUUAUGGGCCUUAAAAAUCAAUUGGGGCGAAAGUGUACCUUGCGAUUUGUACACAAUAUGGAAGAAUUUUAUGAAGUCACUUCCGGAACUGAAUAGUAUAACCAUACCGCGUAGAGUAAUUCAUGAUUCAACACAAGUUCAAUUGCAUGGUUUCUGUGAUGCAAGUCAAUAUGCAUAUGGCGCGUGCAUCUAUUUACGGACCAUGGACCCGUCAGGUACUUAUCGAGCCAAACUUUUAUGCGCGAAAAGUAAAGUUGCACCCUUAAAGCAGCUAACAAUUCCCCGGUUGGAAUUAUGCGCGGCACUGUUAUUGGCACGUCUCACUAACAAAAUAAUAAAAAUUAUAAAUAUUCCUAUUAGCGAAAAAUUUCAUUGGUCCGAUUCGUCAAUCGCAUUAGCAUGGAUACGUCUUAAUCCGUCGACAUUAAAGACAUUCGUUUCGCAUCGUAUUAAUGAAAUACAAUCAUUAACAGACAUUUCAGACUGGCAUUACGUCCCCUCUAGUAAAAAUCCUGCGGACAUUUUAUCAAGAGGGGCUACUCCAUUACAAUUAAAAAUGUCCCAAAUGUGGUGGACCGGUCCCAACUUCCUGGAAGGUCACCACCAAAAUAUUCAAUUUGUCAAAGAUGAGCGGACGCAGCUACAUAUUCCAGAAGUAAAGUCUGUUUGUUGUUCAUCAGUAACAAAACCUAGCGUACAAUUUGAUUUACUAACCAGGUUUUCUACCUUUUCAAAAUUAAUCAGAGUCACUGCUUUCAUUUUACGAUUUAUAAACAAGGCAUUGAAUAAAACUCCAAAAUUUAAUGGUCACUUAUCUUGCGAGGAAUUGCAGCGCGCCCAUGAUUGUGUGAUUAAGCUAUUGCAAGCCGAAGCCUUUUCUGAAGAAAUUCAUAAUUUAAAAAAUCAUAGGCAACUCCUACACAACAACAAAAUUUGUAAUUUAAAUCCCUUUUUGGAUCAUAAAGGCCUACUAAGAGUAGGGGGUAGAUUAAAAAACUCCAAUUUAGACGUCGAGCAGAAACAUCAAUUAUUGCUUCCCAAAGGUCAUCAUGUGACAAGGUUAAUCAUUAAAAAAUAUCAUGAAGACAAUUUGCAUUCUGGUUGCCUGGCAACUUUAUCAGCCAUUCGCCAAAAAUAUUGGCCCAUUGCAGCCCGCAGUUUAAUUCGUCGUGUAAUUUUUAGUUGUUUUAAAUGUUACCGUGUAAAGCCUGUGGCAUUUCAACAGCUCAUGGGCGAUCUACCCAAAGAACGUAUCACGCAAGCUCGUCCAUUUCUUAUCACAGGUAUAGAUUAUGGGGGUCCUUUCGUCAUAAAAAAUGGGUACGGGCGGACCACAAAAAGGAUAAAAAUUUUUAUCGCUAUAUUCGUCUGUUUCGUCACCAAAGCAGUGCACAUCGAAAUGGUCUGCGAUUGCACAACAUUCACAUUUUUGAAUGCCUUAAAGCGGUUCAUUUCACGAAGGGGUAAACCGAGUCACUUAUAUUCAGACAACGGCACAACCUUUGUUGGUGCAAAUCGCCAACUACAAGAAUUAAAAAAUCUUUUUGAGUGUGAUGAGUUCAAAUCCAAUGUAUUGGACAACCUGGCAAAUGACAACAUAAAUUGGCAUUUUAUUCCACCUCGUGCGCCACAUAUGGGCGGAUUGUGGGAGGCCGCAAUAAAAUCUACUAAGGGCCAUUUAAAAAGGGUAUUAGGGGAAACUUUACUAAACUUUGAGGAGAUGAAUACAUUAUUGGCAAUGAUAGAAGCAUGCUUGAAUUCCCGUCCAAUUAUACCCAUCUCAGAAGACCCUAAUGACCUAUCUUCCUUAACCCGUGGCCACUUUCUCAUCGGCACUCCGUUGACGGCUCCGGCGGAGCCCAUUGUUGGCGAAUUACCCACCAACCGCAUGAAUAGAUAUCAGCUCGUGGAGAGCUUGAGGCAGCACUUUUGGCAACGAUGGUCGAAGGAGUACCUGCACAACAUGCAACAGAGGACCAAAUGGAGCCGUACACCAACACAGCGUCCAGCACUAGGAGACCUCGUCAUCCUGAAGGAAGACAACACUCAACCCUUACAAUGGCCUCUGGGGCGAAUCUGCGACAUACAUCCUGGGCAAGACGGUCACUGCAGGGUGGUAACAGUGAAAACUGUGCGCGGAGUGUACAAAAGGCCUCUCUCGAAAGUGUGUGUAGUGCCGCGCGAAAAUGAAGAAACUCGAGCGCUUAAUCUCAGUAAUAAACCACCUACUGUACUCAUUUAA